AUGCAAACGACGGCAAGCGACAGGACGGGGCACAUCGAGGCUGCGGGCGCGUGGACCCGCAAGGUGAUGGGCCCGGCGUCGCCGCUGCGAGAGCUCAACGGGCGGCCGCCGGCGGCCGCGUCACGGAAGCGCAAGCGGCCGGCCAACGGUUGCGGCGAGAGUGAGGCUGCGGAGAACCGGGUGCGUGCGCGGGCCAAGACCGAGCCGCCGCGAGAGUAUCGCUGCACCUACGCCCAGUGCUCGUUUGCGUACACGGGAGACAUUUCACUGUUGUACAAACACGUCGUCUCGUGCCAUGCCGAAGGGCCGGGCCUCUACACCGGCAACCUCGCCGGGGUGAGCAGCACGACGAGCGUGCUCGACAAGUUGCGCGGCGCGGGCAAGUCGCGGGGUGGUGCAAGCGGAGGCCUGCCGUCGCCCGUCGACCGCAUCAAGGCCGAGGCCCAGCGCGGGCUCUCGCCGGCGCGCGACACCCGUGCGUGCGCCCGGCGGUCGUGGAUGACCCGGACGCGGGCGGCCGGCCGCGGCAAGUCCAAGCUCCGCAGAAGCGAGUGUGAGGGCAACCGGUUCAUUACCAACGACCAGCUGUAA